AUGCUUCACUCAUCAACUUAUUCACUUGGUAAUGUUGAGUCAUUGGUAGCGAGUAAUGAUGAGAAUCCUUUCUGAUUUAAAGUAGAAUAUAUCUCAGAUGACAAUUUUGAAAAUUCAGAUAUUCCACAAAGCAUACAAUUAUGCUUAUCAAAGCCUCCAAAUUUAAACAGAGAAGUUAGCAAUAAUGCAUUGUUUAAUCCCCAAUUUACUGGAUUCAUUGAAGCUCUUCCUGAGGUUGGGCUUCCUGAUUUCUCUAUUUUACAGAACUUUACACAGCCAAAGGUAGAAGAGAAAUCUUUUUGGGUAGAUAAAGCUAAUACUGGGACUACUAAAGAGCCUAGUAUUGGUCCUCCUAGAUCUGAGAGCCCUACAGCUACAAUUGCUAAGGAAGCAAGCAAUGUGCGUAAAAGGAGAUGGGGCAAAACUGAAGAUAAGCUCUUGUUUCAAGCUAUUAGAGAUAUGGAAGCCGAGCAUAUUCUCACUCUUGAUGAGCUCCUCACAUUACGUAUUGAUCCAAAUCUGAAAUAUCAUGAUGGAGUUCAAGAGCUUUGAGAUCGGUCUGGAUGGAGAUCGAAACCAGAAAAGCUAAUUGUUCGAAUUCAGAAAAUCUCAAAAUUAGAAUUUUCUGUCAGAGAAAUAAAGAAGCUCAAGAAGGCUCUAAGAGUUGGCUAUAAGUACGAAAACACCGAUUUUGAUAAAGUAAUAUAUGAUUUUCCAGGAAAAACAGUGGCUUCUCUUCAAAGAAUAGCAAUGAAAUUGAGAAGAUCUUUUCUUCAGAAGAAUUUGACUUCAUUCAGCACAAACUUGAACAAAUCAGUGCAAAAUUAA